CGCGUCGUGUCAUUUCCCACGAUCGCGAAGGCCUCCGGAGGAGGCGCGGCCGCAAAGCCCGCUCCCGCUUUGGGCCCGGUGUCACGUGACGGCCGGGUCGGGGCCGCUUUUCCGCUUUGAGGAGUCGUCGUCGUCGUCGUCGUCGUCGUUUCAAAGCGAAGCCGCCACGCGCCGCUCGCCGACCUCAUGCCAACCCGCCGAGGCUAACGCUAAGCUAGACCCGAGCGAGAGCGUCUGUUUUCGGCCGCGCCACAUGGAAAAGCGCGGCCGCCUGGCGGAGCUCUUCCGCUUCCUGCAGGACCCCCACCUCGUCGCCCGCUUCCAGCGCCUGUGCGGGGUACGGGGCACCUUUUCGAGUCGGCCUUUCCGCCGGCAGCCGGCGGGAGCGGACGGCCACGGUCGGGGCAAAAAGACGAGCAAGCCCCUCCGCAGGAACUCCCUGACCGGCGACGCGGGCCAGGAGUUCGUGGUGGAGAACCGCUUCCUGUACUACUUGUUCACCUUCGGAACCGAGCUGGGCAACGAGCUCUUCUACAUCACCUUCUUCCCCUUCCUGCUGUGGAACGUGGACGCCCUGGUGAGCCGGCGACUCAUCAUGGUGUGGGUGUGGGUCAUGUACGUGGGCCAGUGCACCAAAGACCUGCUCGGCUGGGCCAGGCCCGCCUCGCCGCCCGUCGUCAAGGUGGAAGUCUUCUACAACUCCGAGUACAGCAUGCCCUCCACGCACGCCAUGUCCGGCACCGCCAUCCCCUUCGCGCUCUUCUUCCUCACCUGCGGACGCUGGCAGUACUCAUCGACGUUGGGCUUGGCGUUGGCGCUGUGCUGGUGUCUGCUGGUCUGCGUCAGCCGGAUCUACAUGGGCAUGCACUCGCUUCUGGACGUGAUGGCGGGCGUGUUGUACAGCGCGCUCAUCCUGCUCUUCCUGCUGCCGGCGUUGGACACCAUCGACGACUUCGUGCUGACCGGCGCGUACGCGCCCGCCGCCGUGGCCGCCGUCUACGCGGGCCUGGGCCUGCUGUGUUUCACGCUGGACGCCUGGAGCACGUCCCGCGCCGACACGGCGCAGAUCUUGGGCUCGGGCGCCGGCGUGGCGCUGGGCUCGCGGGUUAACCGCGUGCUGGGCCUGCUGCCCGACCCCCCGCCGGAGCGCCUGCCCCUGGCGCCUCCCGCGCUGGGCGCCAGCCCGCUAGCGGCGGCGGCGCUGCGCUGGGGGGCGGGCGUCCUGGUCCUGGUCGCCACGCGGGCGCUGAUGAAGGCGCUGACCAUCCCCCUGCUGUGCCGCGUGCUGGCGGUGGGCGAGGGCGACGUGCGGCGGGCGCGGCGGCACGCCGAGGUGGAGCUGCCUUAUCGCUACGUGGUCUACGGCGCCGUGGGCUUCAACGUGCUCUUCCUGGCGCCGCUCCUCUUCCGCGCGCUGCACCUUUCUUGAUGCCCCGCCGUCAUUUUUUGUCUUCGGCGUUUUGCGUCGCACCCGCCGACUGUUCUCGAGCGGCACGGCGCGGCGCGGCGCAGUCCGGCAGUCGGAUGUCCCGGCCUUCCCGUGGGGCCGCCGUGCUCGCCGGCGUACCUGCAGAGAAAGCACCCGAGAACCCGAAGCCUUUAUGUCUUCCGUAUUUGUUUGUGUGACCUUGCGUUCCCGCUUCCUUCCUCCCGCAUUCCAAAAAGUUGCGUUUAGUCGCUUGAGCGACAUGCCGCGUGUGGCCUGUGAUUGGCUGCGAAGAAAGGCCAAACAUUUUGGGUCACUGACCCCGAAAUGGGGGUACCGCGUGGCACGUGAAUUGGCUUUCCUUCAGGUACGCCGGCUUCCUUCCACAUUCCAGAAAACGAGUUGGCUCCGUUGAAGACGAAGAAAUUCUCCUCAGGCGCGUUCCAGGUUCAAACGGACGGUGGGAUUUUUGUCUUUUGGGGAAGUGACAUCACUGUGGUAAUUGCGUGGCACAUAGAAGAGAGGAUGUUUCACAAGGGGAGGGGGGAGCUUGAUUGCGUUUACUUUAACACUGUAAAAAAAAAAAAAAAAAAGGACCGGACCGCCUGCUCGUUUGAUUGGAGGCAAACAUGACAGAAACUGUUUUGCUCUUCAAUUUUUCAACUCCAACGUUGAGACGAGGAAGAUUGUUUCCGAGAAAUGUUUUGCUCGUCCAAUUCUCCAUUUGAUACAAAAACAAGCAGCACAGAAUGAUGGCUAGAAUGCCGGCCCGCGAUUGCUCAGCUGCUGAGAUGGGGCGCUGCCCCGUCAUCCCUUUCCCGGAUCACGACGGUCAUGUCGGAUGAAAAACAACUACAACGGUUAGAAGCAAUUCAACGCUUCAUCUCCGCAAUUGGGCCUUGCUUUAAGGUUGACAGCGUUCACCCGCCGACAAAUCAGUCCGUUCGCUUUACGGGGUCUUUAUCGGCGACGUCAGCGUAAAAAGAAGUCUUUUUCAAUGCAUCGUUUUUAUGACGUCAUUUCAUUUUUUUCUCAGAUCUCAGAUGUUCAGAAUUUACAGGGUAAUGUAAAAAUAUCUUUUUUGCUUUUCAGACACU